GUACACUAGAUUUUUAUUUCUGUCUGAUUUCUUAUUGGAUUCCUUGUUUAUAUGUGUAAUACAGGUGGAGAGAGAAAGUGUUUGCAUUAAUGGUACAGCAGAAGUCUUCAGAUAUUACAUGUAAAAAAGACGAGAGCAACUGGAAAGCUAAGGUACGAGAUUUAGAGCAGAAAUUGUCAUCAGCCAAGAACCAGAUAGAACAGUUGUCACAUGCCCUGUCAGACAAGGAUGCCCAACUUAACAUGGAAUCUAAUAAUUGUAAUAGAUUACAGUUGGAACUAUCAGAAGCCCAGCAACUUGCCUUAUGUUUGGACGACAGAGUACAAGAAAAUGUUCAAAAUGCUCAACUACUCCAGGAGUUUGCUGCAAGUGUUUGGGCAAAGUAUCAAGAAAACCUGGAAAUUCUGAACACAGCUAUGGCCAGUCUGAAAGCUUACGGACAGAGAAUCAGCUUUGCAAGUGGUCGCAUGGAAAUGUUACAAGGAUUAUUUGCUCGAAAGGAAGCCAUGCUGAAACUUCAGAUAGAGAAAGGGGAUAUACCAGAGAGAGAUGUCAGUCAGAAUGUUGUAGAAAUUGAGAAACAAGACAGUGAAGAAAGUUCCUAUUUGUGUUGUGAAUUGGAGAGAGUGACUCAAGAGAGGGAUAAUUUAGCUGCUCAAAUAAAACAGGACUCCCUCACCUUGGACAGUAAAGUUCUCUCUAUCAGAGCUCAAGUUGAGGAGGAAAUUGAAACAUUAAAACAAACAAAAUCUGAUCUGGAAGGCAUUGUACAGGACAAAUCACAGAAAUGUGUCAAGCUGUCGGAGAAGUUGGAAAAAUGUGAGAAUGAUUUGGACUAUGCCAACCAGAAUAUAGAAGAACUAAAGACCUCACUGGGUAGACAAGAACUCAACAUGCAACAGAUACUAGAAGAACAGAGACACGAGGUUGAGAACCAAUUCUCUGACAGACUGGCCGACAUGGACAGACAAAUUAAUGAGGCUAAACGAGAACAUGCAAAAGCAGUGGUAUCAGUACGGCAGUUAGAAAGACAGAUGACAAGAGAGAAGGAACGUUUUACUGAACAGUUGUCAACUACCGAGGAACAUUAUAAACGUCAACUUGACCUACUUCAGGGGCAACUUAAAGCUGUUGAGAAGGAAAGAAAUCUCAUGAUGGCAACUCUUCGACAAGAAGGACUUGUGGGUAAAUUAAAGAGUGAGAGACUGGAACCAGUCACACAUAAUUGGGAUAGGGAUGAGGAACUAGUCAGGGAUCAUACAGAGCCAGUAUCUAGUACAGUAGUCACAUAUUCGCAACCAGAAAUACAGCAAGAGACAGAUGAAGCACUGACAACAGUGUUAGAAGAUCUCAAGUCACUCACUGACGCUGUGUUAAAAGACGAUAAUUCUGAAACUGACUCGGAAAAUGAUUUAUAGCAUUAACUUACAAUGUGGCAUCAACUUAAUGUCUGUGAUACACAAUGUGCUAAGCUUAGUUCAUGUGCAUGACGUUAACGUCUGCAAGAAGGCCUGUAUAGGAGAGAUCGCCGUGACGUCACACGUUAACAUCUGUUUAUCUGGUGGUUGGCAAAACAAAUGAUUUUAACACCGUUUGCGUAUUGAAUCAGAAUUUUUAAUUUUUAAUAACUUUUUUGCUCAUUUAUGGAUUUUCAAAAUUCAAAAAGAUUUGAAAUACUAACAAUCUUCAUAUUUUUGUAUCCAAAUAUCUUUUUUCAAUGAAUAACCGUUUUAAAUGACAUAUAAUUUUAAAAGCGGCGUAGUGAUUUUCACAACCUUUAGAAAAACAGUGUAAGUUAAGCGUUCAUAAUUAAUCCAUUUUAUUUCGAAAUAACAAUUAAAAGUAAUCAAUAAAUUGCUUGUUUUAUAACCUUUCCAUUGAUCAAAAAAUUAUUUAUAUAAUUUGUGUUUUAAGAAAGUUUAGACCGUUAGAAAAACAUCACUGUUUACAAAAAACAUGGACGGUCGGCUUCUGCCCACCCGAUUACAGUCUUAUCAGUUCUAAAAAUAGAAUUUGUAUACAAACACGAUCUCUCCUAUUGUUGCCAAUGUUCGGUCAGCUUCCACAUGUUUUAGUCAGGGCACUACAAAUAACUAGUGCAAAUAUAUCAAGCUAGUGUACUUGUUGUCAUGGUAACAGGCUUGCUUGUUUAAACAGGUAAAGUGUGUGGGACUGACCUGAUGGCUCAGUUGCAAGGGCUGCAUUCUCAUCCUAGGACAACUUCCAUUGGAUGAAGCUAGUAUACAUAUAUACUGUUAUAUAUAAUCUGCUGCAAUGAUGAUAACUUAAUGUGCUUCACUUAGUUGAUAUAUAAAAUAUAACAGAUUAAAGUA